UCGAAUUCCGGUUUUUAGGAAACACAGCCAUCCCGACCACGUCUAGCAAAGUCCUCCGUCGCGCGCGCUCCCUCCUUUAAUUGUUAAGUUGCAGAAGUCAGUCGACUAGCCUGACGAAACUGCUCUUCGUUCUAGCAUGAUGCGGCCUUAGUGGUAUUAGAUCAUUCCGCAUUAAGCCCUGGACGAAACACUCCUGGUAAAUACUCGCCGAUAACGAACGAUGCGAAGUUAUACCUCGAGAGUUCCCAGUACUCCUACGCCUUACUCGAGCUACGCCGACGUCGAGCCUGACGAGACUCAAGAUGCGUAUACAACAGAUAGUGUUUCGCCCGAAAAGAUGACAGGUGCUUGUGGAUCCAAGCAAGGAGGGCGUUGGCCGUCGUCUUCUGCCUUCGUCCCAGCCAAACGACGUGUAAACUAUUCGUCUCCUGCUAGUAUCAUAUUGCGUUCUUUGGUAGCAUGUACUUGGAUUCGUACCGCUUCGGCCGUAAUGUUGCCGGCGUUCGACAACUGUCUAGACAGCAACUACAUCUACUCUAAUCAACCGGAGGGAGAAGCCCAGCUCCAAUGGGUUCCCUUGCACGUCGAUGCCGUAUUCGAUACUCAGAACCCGACUCAUAACUUGAUGGUCACUGUUUGGGGGAAUGUGACGGGCCGCGCUGGCAGCGAUGCACUGCCGGCAUGGAAUUCUUCGGAUUGGAACGACCCAACUAAGGUACUCAAUGGGAAAAUACAAAAUGAGCCUGAUCAGAGUGUGCCGGCCAGUCAGCGCAAAGUGACUACUUUACACAGCAAAGUCGAUGUCCUAACAUACGAGCCUUUCGUUUCGAACGUGAAUUUCUGCGAUAACCUCAUUAAUGGAACAUGUCCGCUUGGCCCCGUGUUUAGUAACAUAUCUGCGAACUCGACUGAUGGUCUUUCUUCGUUCAACAUUUCGAAUGACUUUUCUUCGACAUACGCAUUCACGUCGUUCGCUCCGACCUUUAUUAUUUGGUACGGAGAUGCGGCGAAGACCACGAUCGGAUGUGUAUCUGCAAUCGUCACGCCAGACCUCGGAGGGAUCGCGUGGCCUCUCAAAUUCAUCCCCUUAUUUGUUCUAAUCUUAGUGGGAUUUGCGACAGUCUUCUCAGCAAUCUCCAGUCCAUGGGGUACUAGUGACGUCUUCCAUUGGACGUCUAAUUAUGGAAGAGAUCCAGACCUUUUACGUCUAGUUACCCCAGGUUUUGGAGAUUGUCUCCAGUAUAUCCAGUUCAUUGUUUUAACUGGGAGUCUCACUCUGGAAUAUCCUGGGUUCUACCAGCCAGUCGCCAGCCAAGUCUCGUGGUCCUCGUUGAUGUUUAACGAGACUUUCGUGACCGGCGCAAAGCCGUGGCAAAAUAUUGUCGACGGUAUCUAUUACACGAAUGGCAAAUACGGUCUCGAAAUUACUGCACAGUUAGAUGGGAUGAGUGAGGUUCAAGACAUCUGGGCUGGGAUGAUGGUAUGGCUGCUUGUUAUCAUUGGUGCCGUGCUUCUCUUGAUCCAAGUAGGCUUCUUUUUGCGAUGGCUCCUACGAUACAUCAGCCGUGUUCCAGAGGAAGACCUUCGAGCUAAGAACAUACCUUUUUCGGCCGGCAAUGUUAUUCGUCUCGUCUUCGGCUAUUUUCUACUACCUAUCGUCGCGCUCUCUACCUUCCAGCUGGUGGUCUCAACCCGGUCUGCGGGCUACCUUACAGCUCUGGCCGCCCUCACUCUGGUUGUCAUCAUUGGAUUUGCGAUAUGGCUUAUGCAUAUCAUUGCCAAUACCAAACCAAGGUCUCAUCUGUUUGAUGAUUUGUCGACAGUUCUUCUUUAUGGCCCCCUUUACAAUACAUAUUCCGACGAAGCUGCUGCCUUUGCGCUAAUUCCGAUCAUAUUAACAAUUAUGCGCGGCAUUGCGAUUGGCGCCGUGCAGCCGUCUGGUACCGCACAAAUAGUGAUAUUAGCCGUGUGCGAGGUGAUUCAAAUACUAACGCUUCAUGCAUUCCGGCCUUUUCAUUCGCCUACCUCGAUGAAUGCUUACCAUACCGGAUUCUCGAUAGUCCGUUUUGUGUCCGUUAUAUUAAUGGUCGCAUUCACGCCAAGUUUGGGGAUUUCGGAAGGCCAAAAGGGAUGGAUUGGCUAUGCGAUCUUAUUGAUACACGCCUGUGUUCUCGUUUUCGGCUUCUUCCUAAACGCGUUACAGACGAUCAUCGAAGUAAUCGCGCGUCUGUUGGGCGCCGGAGGAGACGACAUCGACGGUCAGACUAGGGGCGGAUUGUCCAAGAUUUUUGGCGCUCGUCAACUCUCGAGGCGUGUGGACCGACGCGGUGGCCCAUCUCGACAAAGCCAACUUAGUAGCACUGCUAUGUUAAACUCCGAAAUCGCAACUAAGAGAGGGUAUGGUCGCGUAAGAAGUGAAUCGGCUGGCAGUAUGGGAAUCAUUAUUGGGCCAAACCAGAGGAGUUCUAGCGCUCUGGACGCCCGUAGUCUAGAUACAUACUCGAUUCCGCUAGGUAGUGGUGGCGCGUUUACUCCGACGACGACAACCCCUGGAGAUGCUAGUACCUUCUCCUUCCUACCCUCCCCAGGACAGGCAACUCGUCCCCAACCUACAGCAGAUCCCUACUACCGCCCUCCACGUGCUCGCCGAGCAACCAUCGAUGACGGUUCGUCUUCACCAAAUCGGACCCGCGGUUCCUUAGGUAGUGUCGACUUGUCAAACCACCGACUGAGCCAGCCCGAACGGCAGCUCACCGAUGGGGAGGACAAUGCACCUCCUCCAGGAAGAAUAAAUCCACCCCCGGCGCCUGCACCAUACAUACCAGUCUUCGCUCCGAGAACAGAUUACUCGACCCGCGAGGUUGAUUUUUACUACGGUGUGCGCGGUCCAGCAUUAAACUCCGAGGGAGCAGGUCGCAGACUAGGCACAGGACCAGCAGAUCCUACCAGCCCGGUGGCAAAUGCUACAGGAUGGCUUAAACGUCUGUUUGGCGGGAAGACUAAGGAAAAGGGGAAGGGCUUCGAGGUAGUCAGAAGUGCUAGGAUGCCGCCCGCGAUGAAGGCAAGAGGCGGCGAAUUUAGCGAUGAUCCACCAGAGGGUAUUCCCGUAGCUAUGGGUGUAGUGCGUAAUGGGCCCAUAGAAAGCGAUGAUGAGGAUGAUACGCCAAGGUCGAGGAAGAGCAAGCGUGUCGUCGAAGACAGCGCCCAAGGCGAGUUAUUGGAUGAAGACGGCGAAGCAGCUCGAUCAGACGACUCUUUAGACCUUGUGGAGUUCAGGAAAGUAUCUAAAGACCCACCACUUCUACCCGACUUCGAUACCGGUUCGAGCUUCAAGGUCCCUAGUAGGUUGCCCUCGAAAGCGAGUAGACAGGCAUCACAGAGAACGGUAAAGGCACCGACGGAAGCCGGAGAUGUGCCGGCAGUGCCCGAGGUACCUAGAAAGAGCUCAAAACGGAAUUCAAGCGUGGAUCCAUUAGGUGGAAGGCGACUUGAAACCGUGCCGUCUAUAGAGAUUCCACCGUCGCAGACUCAAUCAGAAUCUACAAUGCGCCCGGGGGGUACGUCGGCGAGACUGCCUUUUGACCGAAGCAACUCACAGAAGCGCCUUUCGGUAUCAUCGACAGCAGAGACGGAAGGUUCUAAUCAGAUGCCCUCAUCUACUGAUACUGAAGAUAGGCCCACGAGCUACGGCCACGUCAAUCAUCACAACAUUAGUAGGGUUGAUCCCGAUCAAAGGAUGGACCUACUCGGGAGUACUGCAGAGGUAGUGGGCGGCUCGAGGAAACCAAGUCCUGGCUCGUCAACGUCCAGGCGAACUUGAUUCUAGAGCAUGUCUACUGUCAAUCAUAUAUAAUCACGUGUAACGAAUUUUCUUGAGUUGCUGUAUAGGAUUUGAUGUAUAGAGAGUCGACCUCCUUUUGUUCGGCCUGGACUAUAAUUGGGAAUAACAAGCGAGGCGGUUUGUCAUUUUGCGGAUGGGACUAGCAAGGCGCUUAAGGAUCUGAUCACUCAUAUCUCACGGUA